CAGGAGCCGAGCGCCUGCCUUACGCCUAGCGCCUUUUAGAACCUUGUUUGGUGGUGUUCCAAUGGACCCCCACGUUUCGUCUAUCGGAUUCUAUGCCAAAAACAAUGGUGGUGUGGAUUCAGUUCUCGGCGCUCCCCGUGCACUUCUAUCACAAAGAGGUUUUGUUUUCGCUAGGGAACAUGAUUGGUAGAGCGAUCAAGCUGGACUUUCACACGCAUCAUCAGCAGCGUGCCAAGUUCGCUAGGAUGGCAGUAGAACUCGAUCUAUCCAAACCCCUGGUGACACGCAUUCGCCUAGACGGUCAAUGGCAAUACAUUGAGUACGAGAAUCUGCCGACCGUAUGUUUCGAAUGCGGAAAAAUUGGCCACACAUCAUUAUCCUGUCCAAACCUGAUUCCGACAGUGCAAUGUUCUCAAGCCGAGACGGGGGGAGCCUCACCGGAAUACGAUCCGGCGACGGUGUCGGAGGAAAAGGAAGGCUUUGGACCCUGGAUGCAAGUCACACGUCGAUCACGGGGCGGAAAUAGGAAUCCCGAUAAAGGAAAUGCUCGCCAAAGUCAAGGAGAUUUGACCAUAAAUGGUAAAAAUGGAAAAGGAAAGAAUAGCUCCAAGGAUAUGAAAAGUUCAACGGGAAGCAAGGGAGGAGCAAAGGAAAUUCCCGUUCAACAGGAUGAAUUGGGGAAACAGAGUAUUUUAGAAAAAGGAAAGAAUGCGGCGGUAGCGCAUCCGAAAGGCAAGGAGAAGAUAGGGAAAGAGUUUGCGGAGGUGGCUAUAGUAGGAAAAGGGAUUCUUGGCCCUAUUCCCAUCUCAAAGUCAGGAACAAUAAUCGGGCCCAAUAAGGAUGCAACCCACGCACAGAGGAAAGAUGAAGUGGACUCAAUUAAGAAAGGAAGCACUUGCUUUAACGGUGGCCCAAUAGUGGGAGAUAUGAAGGAUCGGCCUACUACAUCCAGCCCGCCGAAAGAUCACGUGUCACCAGGCCCAAACAGGACCUCCAUCCAAAUCAUUUCAGUUCCCCAAUAUGACACGAAGAAUGGUCGGAAAAUGAGUAAGGACACACCAUCGGCGGCGAUUCGGAUUAAAAGUCAGAAGAAUCAGAAAAAGAAGAAAACCAAAUCACCGCGGAAUUCACAGGUUUCGGUCGCAACCAAGGCGCUCCAGGUGUGGACUUCGGUCAAGGAAAAGAAAAACAAGAUGAGAACUCGUAUGGCAUCGCUCACGCUACAGGAAAUCGCAGCCUGGACGGGAGCCGCAAAAAUGAGUCCGAUGAACGAGUCACCUAACCAAGAGACGAAUUCUAGAAAUUCUGAAGGAUCGAGCGAUCCGGCUAUGCCUCUUGGAUCCCUUUAGAACCUCUGUUCCUUCUUCUCCCGCUCUCUAUCAAUUCUCCCUUUUUAUUGUCUAUGUCUAACUCUCCUAGUUUUAAAAUUAUGUCGUGGAAUGUAGUAGGUGCUGGCAGCUCAGCUUUCUCUAGAGGCAUUAGGCUCAUUGUACAGAGUCAUAAACCUGAUUUCUUGAUUCUUUUGGAACCGCAGAUUAGCGGGGAGGUGGCUGAUAAAGUCUGCGGCAGGUUGGGGUUUCCAAACGUGAUGCGAGUGGAAGCGGAUGGGAGAAAAGGGGGAAUUUGGCUUUGCUGGGAUGAUCGCUUGUUCUCGGUGGAGCUGAUCUCGGCUUGUUUUCAACAUUUGACAGUGAAGGUUUCCAAGAAUUCGGCUCCUUUGUGGCUGUUGACGGCUGUUUACGCUAGCCCCAGACAGAGCCUGCAAAAAUUUUGUGGGAGGCAAUUUUUCGGACCAGGGACGAGCUCGAUUUGCCUUGGCUGCUGACGGGUGAUUUCAACGCAAUUCGGACACCCUCCGAGCAAGCAGGACAACCUACUACAUCUAUCUAUCGUCGCUGCAAUCGGUUUGCUAGCAGAAUAAAUCAAGCUGAGCUCA